AUGAAUGAAAAAAGAAAAGAUGGAAUGAAAGAAAAUAAUAGUAAUAAUAAAGAGAGUACAUCAUUUAAUAGUAAGAAUUGUUAUCAAAAUAAAAACGAUUUAAAUAAAUAUUUAUAUAAUACUCCAGAUUAUUCCAAUUAUAAUACUUCAGGUAGUAUAAACAAUAUGACGAAUUUCAAUGCUAAUAAUAUUCAAAACAAUUAUCAGAGAAAUAACAUACAGAAUAUUUUGAAUUAUAAUGUUAAUAAUAAUGGUAGUAAUAAUAUGAAUUUCCAAGCAGAUAAUUUCAUAAAUAACAAAAAUUAUAUAAAUAACUUAAGUGAUGUGAAUAAAAAAUUUUAUGAUGAAGAAGUUAAUAAAUAUGCAAGUAAGCAUAACCAAAUAAAUAAUUACCAAAAUAAUAAUUUUUUUUAUAACAGAAAUGAUAAUUAUUAUCAAAGUUUAAAUAAUUCUGAUAAUUUAAAUUAUAAUUAUGUAAAUAUGUAUAAUAAAAAAAAUGUGCAUAAUUUAAAUACUGAGAAAAAUAAUGUAGAAAAAGAAGAAAAUAAAAACGAUUUAUCAUAUUAUAUGAACAAUAAUGAUAGUUAUGUAGAAUUAUAUAUUAAUAAAGUAAAAGAAAUUUAUUAUUUUCAUGUAUUUUAUCAUUAUUUAAAAUUAGGAUUUCCUGAAAAGGAAGCAGCGAUAGAAUCAAAAAAAUAUAUUUUUAUAACAUUAAAUAGAUAUUUCUUACUUGUAAAAAAUGCAAUUUUAUCAUCACCUGAAUCUGUUAAGCAAAUAAACAACUGUGUAUCUUCAAAUUUGUUAUAUUACCAACAACAAACCAAUUUACAACAAUUUUUAUUACAGCAGCAAUCAAAUAUGCAGAAUUUCAAUUCUCCAAAAUUAAACUUACAUGAUCAAAUGAAUAUAAAUAAUUUUAAUAUUGGUAAUAUAAAUUUACCUAUAGGUGAACAAACCAAGUUGGAAGAUUUACCAAAAUUAAAUCCAGGUGAUAUUAGUAAUAACAAAAAUAAUAAUAAUUUACAUAAUAACACUAAUAAUAAUAAUAAUAAUUAUUCACAUAAUGAAAAACAAAAUAAUAAUGAUUUUCAAAAUAAUCCAGUAAGUUGCGAUACAAACACAAUUAAUUUAAAGGAAAAUCAAGAAAAACAAAAUAAUUUGAGUAAUUAUUAUAAUUUAAAAGCUGAUAAAAUUAAUGAUAUGAUUGACUGUAUUGAAGAAAUGAAAAAAAUAAAUAAAAAAAAAAAAGAAAGGAAAACAUUUUCUGAUUAUCCGCCUAUGCAAGCAUUAGAAUUACAAAGUAAUACAUUAGAAAAUAAAUAUAAUUUUAAUAAUGCAUAUAACAAUUUAAGUAAUUACAUCAAUAAUAAUAAUAAUAAUAGUGAUAACUGUAUUAAUAAUAAUAAAAAUGGUGAUUUAUUUUACAAUAAUACUUUUAAUUUAAGCAAUACUGCUGAUGCGAAUAAAAGUAAUUUAAUGAAAUUAAAUGAAAAUAAUAAUGAAGAAAUAAAAAAAAAAAUUAGUUUUACUAUAAAUAAAUCAAAAAAUAAAAUUUUCCAAAUACAUAAUCGAUCUCAAAACGAUAAAAGUCAUAAGACACUAAGUGAAGUAAGUGAAGUGAGUGAAUUAAGUGAUGAUAAUAAGAAUGAAAAACAAAAAGAGAAAAGUAAAUUUUCUAAUAAUAUUCAUGAAGAAAAAAAUACAUUGGGUAAUAAUUAUAAAAAUAUGUAUAUAUAUGAAAAUAUUAAUAAUAAUAAUAACAGAACAUUAAAUAACAAUGUAAAAAAUGAUUUUAAUGGCAUGAACAUAAAUAACAGUAUAGGUAAUAUAAAUAAACUAAAUAAUGCAAAAGAAAUAGAUAAUUUUUAUAAUUUAAAUAAUGUGAAUAAUAUAAAUAAAAAUGGUAAUAAUGUUUUAAAUUAUGAUAAUAAUUUUUAUAUCAAUAAUAACAAUGCAAAUUAUAAUGCAUCAAAAAACACAAACAAUUUUUCUAAUUUUGAUACAUUAAAUAAUUAUAGUAGUUUCGUAAAUAAUAAUCAUAAUUUUAAUAAAAGUAUGAAUAUAAACAAAUAUAAUUACAAUAAUAGCAAAAACUUGAAAAUUGCAAAUAAUUUAUGUAAUCCUACACAUAAAAAUAUUUCUAAUAAUGUUAUUAAAAUGAAUAAAAAUAAUACCAUUAUUGGAGCUCAAAAAUAUAAUUUUAUGAAUAACAAAGAGGAAAAUAAUGAAAAUAAAAUGAAUAAUUUUUUUAAAAUUGAUUAUGCGACAAUUAAUGAAAAAAUUUCUAAACCUUUUGUAAAUGAGGUAUACAACAAUAAUAAUUAUGAAAAUGAUUCUUUUGAAAAUAAAGUUCAUUAUACGAAAAAUAAUUAUAUAGAAGAAGGAAAAUUAAAAUACAGAAAUAAAUUAGAAGAAAAAUACAUUUAUGAAAAUAAACAAAAAAAUAUAAAAGAAAAAUUAAAAGAUGAGUUAGAAUCAGAAAAAUCAGAAGAAUUCGACUUAGAAAAAUCAGAUGAUGAAUAUAACUCAGAAGAGUACGAAGAUGAUAUAGAUAAAGAAGAAGAUACAGAUGGAGUAAUUAAUUAUAGUGAAAGAGAAGUUAACAAGAAAUAUCAAAUAAAUAAUAAAAAUAUUAAAAUAAAUAAAUUGUCUAACUUACAUUUUUUUCAAAAUAAGAAUGAAAUAACUGAUAAAUUUAAUAAUUUUAAAACAUAUGUAAAAAAUGUAAAUGAGCAUUUUAGAGAACAUUGCAAAAAUAAGGAAUUUUCUAAAUGUCUAAAAAUAUUUAUAAAAAAAUUAUAUUCCUUAAAAAAAAAAAAUAAAAUUAAUUCAUCGUUGUGGAUAGAUAAUAUAUUACCAACCGUAGAAGAUGUAUUGUCAAAGAAUGUUUAUUUUUUCUUAUAUCCUAAAAGAUUAAAAAGAAAAAUUGAAAAUAAUAAAGAAAUGAAUAACGACUUAAUUGGUAGUAAUUUUGUUGACAAAAAAAUAAAAUUAAGUCAGCAAGAAAUUGAAAGAAGAGAAAAGAGAAAAGAACGCUUUUAUGAUAUAUCAAAAAAUAAAAAAAGUGAAUUAAUUGAAAAUUCAUUUUAUAUAGAUGAAGAUGUAAAGGACGAAAAAGAAAAUGAUGAAGAUAUGAAUCUUGAUAAGUUAAUUGAAAAAUACAAUUAUUCAAGCUGUUAUAAAAAUAAAAAUUUUGUUGGAGAAUGUAAAAAUAUUCAAAAAUUUUUUUUUAGAUUAACAUCAUUACCUGAAAAAAAAAAUGUAAGGAGUUUUUCAGUUUUGAAAUGCACAUAUGCAUAUAUAUUAUAUAAAUAUAACAUAGAUAAAAAUUAUAAAUACAUAAAUGAACAAUUUAGAUCAUUGCGACAAGAUUUAAAUAUACAAAAUAUUUUUCAUAAUGAUGUUAUAAAUAUUUACGAAACUAACAUAAGGAUAUGUAUUGUAAAUAAUGAUCUAUUUCAAUUUCUUCAAUGUAUAAAUAAAUUAUUUGAAUUAUAUCAGAGACUAAACAUAAAAAAAUCAAAAGUUGAAUUUUUGUGUUAUAAACUUAUUUAUUUGACUUUGCAAAAUAUGCAUCAAGAAUUUCUUAUAGAAUAUUUAACACUAAGUGAAGAAGAGAAAAAUCACGAAAAUAUACAACUUUGUUAUUAUUUAAAUGAAUGCAUAAAAAAUAAAAUGUAUUUAAUUAAUAUUAAUAUGAUAUCACCAUUAGAUGCUGAACUAAACCAUAAGUAUAUAUAUUAUAGAAUUUUUUUAAAUAACCACAUAUUAAAAUAUUUACCAAGUCUAAUGUCAUUAAGUGAAAAUGCUAUGUUGAAUGUAAACAUUAAUUCUCUAGUUUCAUUUGUAAAAAACCAUGGAAAAGUAAAUGAUUUUGAAAAUAAUGAAAUUCCAAAUUCAUUGGAUAAAAAUGAAGGAGUUAAAAUGCCAUAUUUAACUAAUUACUUAAUUGUUUUAUUUUUACCUAAAUACAGGUUAUUAGCCCUUAUAAAUAUUUGCAAAACAAGUAUAAAGGUAAAUAUAUCUACGUUAACAAAAUUGUUAAAUUUUGAAAAUGAUGAACAGUGCUUAAAAUUUUUAAAUGAAGUAAAUACUAUUAUAAGCAAUAAUGAAGUCUUAAGUAAAUCUUCACUAGUAAACCUUAUGAAGUCUCCUCUUUUGAAAAAUAAAUAUAUUAAUCAUAUAAGAUAA